AUGUGGGAUAUUCUUCCACUUCUGAGCGUACUGGGCUUCCUGCCCUUUGCUUCUGCAGUUCCCAAUGGAAUUGUGAUUGCUCGCGCAACUACUUCUUCGUCAGCCUCUGUUUCGGCCCCACCAGUUCGAAGCCAUCCGUCUUCUGAGCCGCAUACUCCUUUCAGUGGAACCCCGUCGGUUACGGGUGCACUCACUGCUUCAUCGAUCGGAUCUGGAAUUUCUAACGGAAGCGUCUCACCGGCAGCUACUACCUACCCCAGUGAUGGAAAGCUUCAUAAUGCCGAGCCAGCUCCAUAUGUUCCUGCCGGAGGAGUUGGUACCAAUGGAUCGAUUCCCGUCUAUAAUGCGAAGAGCGACUAUGACUAUGAAUCUCUGGCCCUGGCACUGUAUCAAGAAUGGGUCGAAGUCGACUUGUUCCAGGAUGGAUUGAAGCGCUUCUCGGCGAAGGACUUCCAGGCCGCUGGGUUGAACGCUGCAGACAGAGAGCUGAUUGCAUUCAUGGCCGAGCAGGCGGUUGGCCACGCAACUCUAAUCAGCAACAUUCUCGGCGCUGAAGCGCCGCAGCAAUGUGCAUACAACUAUCCAUACACCAACGUCAACGAAUUCCUCGACUUCUGCCAGAAGGUAACUCGGUUCGGCGAGGCCGGUGUAUAUGGAUUCCUGGCUCACCUCGACUCUCGAGAGGCAGCUAAUCUGUUGACGCUGUCCGUCGCGACCGACGCACGCCAGCAGAUGAUCUUCCGCCAGUUCCAAGGUCUCUUCCCUAUGCCCGAAUGGUUCGAAGUUGGUAUUCCGCAGUCGUGGGCCUGGACUCUCCUGGCGCCAUAUAUCAGUUCCUGCCCAAGCAAUCAGACCCGUCUGGUGUGGCAGAACUUCCCGGCUCUGAGAAUCCUCAACCAGCCUAGCAUUGCUGCGGCUGGCAACAGCAGUUCCAACAGUACUGGCCUCAACAACACUAUCAGUGCCGGUACCAAUGUUGUCAAAUCAUCAAACGGUUCUUCCAGCUCCGGCAACAGCACUGGCGCUACGGUGACUAGUGAUAUUGGUGCUCUCUCUUUCCCCGGUCGCCAGGUGGCUUUGCAAUGGGAGAGCGCUGGCAAGGAAGUCGGUCCCAACAAUAGCUAUGUCACUUCUACUCAGGCAAAGAGCGCGAAGUAUGUUGUCUGGGUCUCUCAGCUUAACGUGACAUACACGCCUCUGCGUGUCAUCAACAGUACUGGUAAUGGCAACGGCACCAGUGGUGGCCGUGGAUACACGAUUCAGCCUAAUCUGGAGACCUACCAGGGUGACUCAGCCAUCAACGGCACCUUGUUCAUUGCUAUCACUGAUUCUAACCCGGUCUUGACUCCGUUCAACCUGAGCUUGAUCAACCCGCACGUUGUUGCUGGUCCUGCCAUCUACCAGGCUGGUUAA